CCGCAAAGCUGCAGCCACCGCUAAAGCAUUGGAUCCCUCAACGUACUGCGAGAGCCCGGUGUACAGCCCGGACCUGUGCCCCAACAUGAUCGCCGCCCAGGCUAAGCUGGUUUACCAGCUUAACAAAUAUUACACGGAACGCUGCCAGGCUCGCAAAGCAGCCAUCGCCAAAACCAUCCGGGAGGUGUGCAAGGUGGUGUCGGAUGUGCUGAAGGAGGUGGAGGUGCAAGAACCUCGCUUCAUCAGCUCCCUGAGCGAGAUCGACGCCCGCUACGAGGGGCUGGAGGUGAUUUCUCCCACCGAGUUCGAGGUGGUGCUUUACCUCAACCAAAUGGGAGUCUUCAACUUCGUGGACGAUGGCUCCCUGCCGGGCUGCGCCGUGUUGAAGCUGAGCGACGGUCGCAAGCGCAGCAUGUCCCUCUGGGUGGAGUUCAUCACCGCCUCGGGAUACCUGUCCGCCCGCAAGAUCCGCUCCCGCUUCCAAACGUUGGUGGCCCAAGCCGUGGACAAGUGCAGCUACCGGGACGUGGUGAAGAUGAUCGCGGACACGAGCGAGGUGAAGCUGCGGAUCCGGGAGCGGUACGUGGUGCAGAUCACCCCCGCUUUCAAAUGCACGGGGAUCUGGCCACGCAGCGCGGCGCAGUGGCCCAUGCCACACAUCCCCUGGCCUGGUCCCAACCGGGUGGCGGAGGUGAAGGCGGAGGGUUUCAACCUGCUCUCCAAGGAGUGCUACUCGCUGACGGGCAAGCAGAGCUCGGCGGAGAGCGAUGCCUGGGUGCUGCAGUUCGGUGAAGCCGAGAACCGGCUGCUGAUGGGCGGCUGCAGGAACAAGUGUCUCUCGGUGCUGAAAACCCUCCGGGACCGGCACCUGGAGCUCCCCGGGCAGCCCCUCAAUAAUUACCACAUGAAGACGCUGCUGCUGUACGAAUGCGAGAAACAUCCACGGGAGACCGACUGGGACGAGGCGUGCCUGGGGGACCGGCUGAACGGUAUCCUCCUGCAGCUCAUCUCCUGCCUGCAGUGCCGGCGCUGCCCACACUAUUUCCUGCCCAAUUUAGACCUCUUUCAGGGCAAACCCCACUCGGCCCUGGAAAGCGCUGCCAAACAGACCUGGAGGUUAGCCAGAGAAAUCCUCACCAAUCCCAAAAGCCUCGACAAACUAUAGGGUUAACACCCUCCCCUCCCCUGCGCGCACAAAACU